AUGAACUUCUCGGAUGUGGUAAAGGUUACGAAUAGUUUGGCUGUUUUGUCGUCAAACGGUAUUUACAUUGCUUCGGCUUCUCAGCACAAAGUUUUUAUUCGUAUAACAAACACGCUACAAAUAUUUCAGAUAUACAGUUGUGUAGAUAUAGUGCAGAACAUAUUGUGGUCAGCAGACUCAUUGUUCAUUCUGAUUAUCCUGAAACAUCGUGGCAUAGUCCAGAUAUUCUCCCUAGAAAAUCCGGACUGGACAUGCAAAGUUGACGAGGGUUCUGCUGGACUUCUUAAUGCUAUAUGGUCGCCUGAUAGCAGACACUUCUUGACAACAACUGAUUUUUAUUUGAGGAUAACCGUUUGGUCAAUAUCGGAAGUCUCCGUUUCGUAUCUAAAGUUUCCUAAAGCAUGUGCAAAUAAUUUGGCAUUUUGUCCUGGUGGUCGUUAUUUAACUUUGCUUGAACGACGGAAUUUUCAAGAUCAUUUAAGCCUCUUCGAUUGCAGACUUCAGUGGACUAUUCUUUGGAACAUAACGUUAGAAACUGAUGAUGCCGUGGGAGUUGUGUGGUCUCCAGAUGGACGCUAUAUCCUCGUGUACGAUAACUGCUUGCGAUACAAAGCAUCUAUAUACAGUGUUGGUGGAAAACAUCUCAAUACAUAUUGUGCUUAUAAACCAACACAAGAGCUUCUGGGUAUCAAAUCUGUAUCAUGGUCCCCCACAGGGCAAUUAUUAGCGUUGGGGAGCUACGAUCAAAAAUGUCGUUUAUUAAAUGAUUUCAAUUGGACUUGUUUAGCUUGUCUAAAGCAUCCUGUUAACAAACCAAUCGAUCCUUCUCUCGGACUUAGUCCUAACGGCCGUCCUUUGUGUGUUGAUAAUGAAGUUGAUGGGGAUUUAGAAACAUAUCGGGCACACCGUAUUGAUAUUUAUGAAGAGUUUCGAACAGGUGCUUCGUCAGAUUUAUCAACCAAUUUUAAAGGUCCCCUAGAUUCAUCUACUGUCCAGUACAAACUACUAAAUGAUCCUGUUACCAUUCAAUCAAUUAAGCCUGAUCCUAACCAAGCAUUUCCUAAGGUAGGAAUUGGUUUGACAGAAUUUUCAACAGAUGGUCGAUUUUUGGCCACACGAAACGAUAAUUGUCCGAGCGUAAUUUGGAUCUGGUCAAUUGAUCGACGUCUAAGUCUAUUUAGUCUUCUAAUUCAUACUAGUGGUUGUGUAUCUUCUCUGAUGUGGGAUCCGAGGUGUUCUGCUCGACUUGCUUUGUGUACAGGUUCAGAUGCAGUAUUUUUGUGGACACCUCAAGGAUGUCUUGCAGUCCAGGCCCCAACACACUUCAAUUUUCUAGUUUCGUCCCUCGUCUGGCUUUCGACUGGAGACGGAAUUCUAUUACAAUCGGAGAAUGAAUUUUGUCUAUGCUAUCUAGAUUCUGGUGAUAAGCUUGAGAAACAUAAACCUCUUUGGAAGCCUCCUAAAAUCAAUUUGUCGACUGGAAAAUUGCAUCAGUAUGAAAUAAAAAGAAGUUCUGAAAAUGAACCCGUUCAUUGUCUGCCGUUUAAUAAUUCUGUUGAAAAUGAGAACUGUGAUUCUAUUUCUAACCCAUUUGGUGAAGAUGCUCCAAAUUGGCUAAAACAACACAGUAAGAUAUCCUCUGAUAUCACUGUAAAAGUUCGAAGAAGAAGUUUAUCUUCGUGUGAUAAACGUAAUGCUACGAGUAGAGAAUCGAAACCUUCUCGAGUUCUUUCCUCUUUAUCAAUCUGUCGACAGGCUUGGUUGGCUCCUUCCCCAAAUGUAAAACUGGCUAAACAGUCAGCAAUUCAAAAUGCUAUUACAGCGAAACGAUAG